GAGAGAGAGAUGGGUUCUUCGAAUAGACUCCAAGCGGCCUUCAAACCCCCGAAGCGAGAGCUCGCACCCUACCUUCCCCCGGGUUCGAACCCUAACCCUAACCGUAAUCUUGCGGGAUCUUCCACGGCGGCGGGAGCGGCGAUGGCGGAGGGGGGAGUUACGGCGGUGGUGGUGGAGGGGGCGGAGGAGGACGAGGUGCUGAGGGACGCGGGGGCUCUGUCUCGGGAGGAUGUGCUGCGCCGGCGGUUGCGGCGGGUGAGGCAGCUGGAGAGACUCUACCGGCGGAAAUACUGGGCGCUGAUGGAUGAGCUGCGGGUGCGGCACCGGGAUUACUACUGGGUUUUCGGGUUGAGUCCGGUGGAGGAGGAGGGUAGAGGGAGGGGGUCGGAUGAUGGUGGGAUGGGGUUGGGAUUAGGGUUUAGAAAGGGGAAGAGUAAUAAUAAUGGGGGGGUGGAGGAGAAGCGGUGCGCGUUUUCUGGGUGUAAGACGAAGCCGAUGCCAUUGACGAGUUAUUGCCAUAGCCACAUACUCUCGGAUAGCAAGCAGACGUUGUAUAAGCCUUGCAGUUAUGUUAUAAGGAGCAGCCCACAACAUGGGCAAGUUGUUUGUGGGAAGCCAAUUCUGAGAGCCACCAUGCCCUCGCUCUGCCAUGUGCACUAUCAGAAGAUACAAAGGAAUAUCUCACAAGCUUUGAAAAGAGCAGGCCUUCACACACCCUGUUCAAGCAGGCCUGCUCCAAAAUUUAACGUUCUAAUUGCUGAGUGUGUGCGUCAGAUUCAAGCCAGAAGAGAAACAUUGGAUGCUACAACUGAUAACAUUGUACAAGAAGCGAAUGAAAAAGUUGAUACAAAGGAAUCUCACAAGCUUUGAAAAAAACAGGCCUUCACACACCCUGUUUAAGCAGGCCUGCUCCAAAAUUUAAUGUUCUAAUUGCUGAGUGUGUGCGUCAGAUUCAAGCCAGAAGAGAAACAUUGGAUGCUACCACUGAUAACAUUGCACAAGAAGAGAAUGAAAAAGUUGGUUGAUCUUUCUUUCUUGAGAAUAUGAUUCUUGUUUGCAUUGCUGUCCUGACCUUCCAGACAUUAACCUCACCAAUCAAACUGAGCUAGAUAUCUGGGUUGACCCACUCUGCCUGGGAAGUAUGCUCACUAAUCUAACAAAGGUCUGUUAAAGGACAGCUUAACUAACAGGCUUGGUUCUCAGGGUGAUGACGACCCCUCAGUUGCAUGACUAUGAUAUAGGAUGAUGACUGCGUAAAGGUUUCGCUACCCAAUGGCCUUGUUAGUAUACUUGGAGGAGUAUUCAAGUUUCUGGUUGGUUGGUUAUUCAGCUUUAUAUUCAGGCAGGGCAAUGCAGCCAAGGCUUCGCCGCCAGGCCCCAGAUACGAUAUACUACUUGGCAUCCCUUCUUGGGCGAUUACCUGAUACAAAUCCAUCUGCUUCCUGCUGCCGUGCUCCUCCACUUUCUUCUGCUGUUUGAACUGAUGCAAUCUCAGUCCUAUAUGUUCUGGAUCAAGGGCCAUUGGGAUUUGCCACUCUUAUGUAAGUCUUAAGCAGAUCGGCUCUGAUGUGAUUAUGUCUGAGAUGAAAGAAAUAUUGAAACAGUUAUCAUGUGAAUGCAGUGAUUCUUUACACCAUGGUGAAAAACCAGAGCUGAAUUAGAUGGUCGUGUUACUCGUGUAUUUGUCAAGCUGGAAAUUCUAUAAGCAGAUAUUGCUGCCCAGCCUGAAAAAGAAUAUGCCUACAUGCUUAGCAAGUCAUAUGCAGUAGACUGUAAUUGGGCGUGCGAUGUUGAAAUUUAGGUCACUGCUUUGUUUAUUAGGCUACAUGAAAAUUUUUACAUGGCAAUUGAAAAAUGAUAGUGUGGUUGUUUCUUCUUAAAAUUUACUGUCCAAGGUUUUGAGGCACCCUCCUUUUUCAUUCUGUAAAGCUUGGUUCACUCUUUAACUAACCAUAUUGAAAGUCAAAAAUUUUGUAUCUGCAUUAUUUAUUGUUUUAGGAACUUCCCGUA